GCUCAGUUUGCAGAUUAUUUGGGGUUUAUUUCUCCCCGAUUUGGCCACAAAACUUAUUAUCUCUACCAGCAAAUGACAGCAGCCGAGUGACAAACACAAACGGGUGAUCCCGCUCGGGGUACCGGGUAGCGGCUGAAGGCUCCCCCAACACACAGUGGGGUGUAAACGGCAGAGCGCUAAUGAUCUACCCCCGCCCUCUCAUGUCUUCAUGCCUCCUGUGGUUAAAGGUUUCCUGUGUAGCGUUUAUGUACUGUGUAAAAACCAGCUCCUGCCGCGACCACUGGAUUCAUUCCUCUCAUCUUUGGAAACACGGAUUGAUUCAAACGACCGCACGGAACAGCCCGAGGGUCGACGUCCAUGCACACAUUUUAGGACACGCUGUCUGUCCGACACACGUGUGUCUCAUUUAUUUAGGUGACUGUGCUGGGAGCUGCACUCCCUGACAGCACAGCGGUUUCCGUUAGGAGGAAAUGAUGGAGAAGGAAAGUUUCUGACGCCUCUCUCCGUUUUGGUUUGGUUUGGGACUGUCCGCAGGAGGAAAAAAAACUGGAGAUCAUUUCUCGUGUUUUGCGCGGUUUGUCUCGUCCUCAUCAUAAAAUCUGAAAAAUCUGUAUGGAUUUAGGAUUAAAAGGGUCUCCGACACUGAAAUGUCUCAGGAUUGGAAAUGCAGCUCCACGUCAGUCUGUUGCUUUUUAUUAUCACAACAGAUAAAACAUUGGCCUUGUCGCACCCCAACUGUGGUGGAAAUGUCACCCUGGACCAAGAGCCUGCUGGUCACAUCAAUUUCACUUUACCUGACACCAACACACUCAACCCCAUGAACCACAACCAGUCUGAUGAAACCCUGCUGGUUUCAGUUUGCACUUGGAUGUUGGGUAUUCCUCUGGCUCGGACGGUACUUUUAAAGUUGGAAAGUGGGUCAAGAAUAUCAGUGAGCAGUUUUUGCAAUGAGGGAGAUCAGAUCCUGGAGAGCGGGGGGACUGUGUUGCUCUUCGGCUGUCAUAAAAAUGAAGCGACCAUCUCGUGGACAGGAACAGGACACUCAUCAGAUGCCAUUCAGUUGUCCUAUUAUGUCCAGGAAGACGGGAGGAAUUCCUCGGAGGACCACACCAACCCACAUUCAGACCGAGACCUUGUACAGCGGUCUCAGGCAGGAACCAGCUUUACAAGUACAGCUCCUGUUGGUCAAGAGGUGAUGAGAGGGACUGAAGGGGGCAAAGGUCGCCUCUACGAACGUCUGGAGGAGUGGACUUCUGGGCUUCAGUCUGUGUCUAGUCCCUCCUCUCAAUACCGGGGUCUGCUGCACCCCACCUCACCCCUGCUGGGACUCACUGUGGCUGGGAGAGCCGAUAGGGAAACUCACCCUCUUCCUGAGGAAGAACCAAACAAUAGAGCGGAUACAUCUGGUGUUGCUCACCUCACUGAUGGUCCCAUGUCUGCCACAGAGGGAACACACCCCUAUUUUCAGCAUACACUCAGUGCAGAGACACCGUUUCAUACAUCAAACACAGAAACAAACUCUAGCAACGAGCUCCUUCAAACCCAGAUGGCGCUGAAACAUGCAACAGCCAGUAGCUCCAGCACCACAGAUGUACACAAAUAUACACUCACUCAAACAUCUAAACCACCUGUAACCACACAAGAUCACCCCACUGUGUCCAGCUCCAGCGUCCCACCUCUUACUACUUCUCCCCAUGAGCUAUCUUCUUGGACAACCUGGGAAAGUGGUACCACCCUAAGCCAACGUGGUGGAGCUGUUAGUGGGACACCUGAGGAGAAACUACUCCCAUCCUGGAGGAGCCAACGGAGUACAGACAAACUUAACUCUGAUCUGACCUCCGGUGUCACCUCCGACCCUUUAAAAUCACAGACAGAACCACAGCAUGGUGACUCAAGCAGUGCACGCACUGAUACUGAACCCAUUGCAUCGUCGCCCUCACAAGGCCCCAGCAGGACUUAUUCAUCCACCACCCACGACACAGGGCUCAGCACUGCUGUUGGUACUGUGGAGGCUGCUUCGUUUCAGCCUAACAGUAGUCUAACUGACUCAUUUGUAUCAGAUGCUACCAGUCAAACUGCUGCGUUUGAGUCCUCUGAUGAAUUUGAAAACAGUUUCACUUCUUCCACACAGGGUCAAACAAACUCUCUGCAAAGCACAGAGAGUGUCACACAAUCCCCAACUCCUCACACAUCCUCUCCAUUCACACAGACAGGCAAAGAGGAGACACAGACAGCAACACAAAGUACACAAAGAAAUGUUGUUACUACUACUAACACUAUCUCCUCCUCACCUAACAUUCAGUCAACACAAGUUGAUGACUGGACUUUCUCAGCGUCUCCUUCCACAACGCGAGCAGCACUGACAUUGGGAGAUGUAGUCCAGAACUCAGCUACCACAGGAUCGACUGCUGACACUGAAACUUAUACACAGAGUCUUAGUUACACACACUUACGUGACAACUCGCCCACAAAUUCACCGACUGCCGUCACUCAUUUGUCAUCCAGUACAUCCGCACACUCAUCUACACCUUCAUACACGCUCCAACCACACACUACAUUUUCUGGUAGUUCACAUCUCACCCACACAUCAUCGCCUUUGCCCUCCACUACCACUGAAUCUGCUGCACAGAUACCUCUCAUCGACCACAAAACCAUGCCCAUACCCUCGCAAACAUCAACAGUCAAAUCUACAUCUUCACGCACACCUCCUACGCAAAGCCACCUGCCUUUGCCAUCUUCAACUAGUGCCCCAGCUACGCAUAAACAGUCCCACGACUAUAUUACAACUACACAUACUACUACAAAAUCUGAUUCUGGACAUGAAAAAGAGGAUGAGUCUUGGUUCACCAGCAGCACAACUACACACACUCCCACAGCUGGACCUCCAUCCUGGACAACCCCACAUCCCAGCAAGGAGAACCAACCGACACUCACAAGCUCUGUUUUAACUUCUGUACCAACUUGGAGCUCCACAACUAGUCACACCCCCAAGUUCUACAUUGUUCCAGACCAGCCUGCAGCCAUCAGAGUGGAGUUGGUUGAGCUGCUGCUGCAGAUUAUUGUUGAAGAGUCCAGUUCAACUUCUGGCUUGGAGGAAGACACCGCUACCUGGGUGGAGCCAUACCUACAGAGAGCUCCUGGGUUCAGCAGGCUGUUGGAAGUCUGGAGCAGUGGCCAUGCAGUGCAGAGUCUGGUGGAGUUUAAAACCAGUGGGGCUCUGCAGUGGCUCAGCAUGACUGGAUCCACAUCACUGUUGGAACGAACAGGACUAGCUCAGGCUGUUCGUGAGGCGAGGAGCUUCAGAUCGUCCAAGAUCACCAACAUCACACUGGGAGGUCUGCAGGCCGAUGUGUGUGACUGGUUACUGCAGUGCCAAGCAGGCUACAAAUGUGUGUCCCAGCCUGGCACUUCAAACUAUAGCUGUUCUUCUUUCUGCCACUUUGAUUACUGCCACCACCAUGGCAUCUGUACACACCACCCGGGCCAACUUCCAGUGUGUCGCUGCCUCGUAGGAGAGGACUUCUGGUACAUGGGUCAGAGGUGUGAUGUAAGGAUGACUCGAGCACGGCUUGUGGGCGCAUGUCUUGCCAUCUUACUCGUCAUGGUGACCGUGAUAGGUGUUCUGGCCUUUGUGGCGGUGCGACGCUACCGAGCCAUUCUGAUCCAGGCCAAAGUAGAUCAGACUCGGAGCAGCUAUCGCAGGUUCAACCAUUUUGAUGAGCUGUCAGGACGGUUCUGGUUGCGUUCGUGGGCAGGAUCAGCAGACUCACUAGAUAAUCCUGCUUUUACACGCUCCGAUGAGUUACUGCACCUGCGAGCGCUCGACCGCCCAUGCUGUUACCACGACGACACGCUGUCGCUGGCAUCCACCUGCCCCAGCCAUGGAACUCGCAUCAAUACAAUCUACCCACACAGCUCUCAGUAUGGUUGGAGGGGAAGCGAGAUGAGCAUGGGAGAUGGCGUGUUGGACUCAGGUAAGGCCAGUGACCUCUCUGUCUGUAGCUGGCCUGUAGAACCCAUUCAGUGGACUCCCUUCCCACUUCUGCAGCAACUGGCUUCCCACAGGACACCCACAGUGAGGGUGUCGAGGCCACGGUCUUACUGCGAAGGCAUGGAGCUGGUUGACCUGGGGAAGAGCUGGACUGCUUGACAUGCAUGAAGAAUAAUCAAAUCUGUCCUGCCACUGGUAUUUGCAUUCAACGUCUCAAAUGUUCUUGUUUUUUUGGGAGGAUAAAAACUGUAAAACAAUAAGUGUAAAUGUGUAUAUAACUGUAUAUUUUUUGUUAAAUUGUUGCUACAUUGUCCAAUUUAAAUCUUCAAUCUGUUUUUAUAUGCUGUCUUUAACCCUAACCCUCUGCUGUAUACUGUAAAGACAGAAAGUGGCUGUCUAAAUGUCUAUGGUGCAGAGUCUUCAUGCUUCAAUAAACCUACAUCUUUCUCAGGGCAAG